UUUACGAUACAUCGAAGAAAGUGACGAACCAAAUUUUAGAACUUUUACAAACUGACAAAUAUAUAUUUCCCCUGUAUAUGUGCAAAGGUUUCCUUCUGCAAUAAGGGAAUAUUAUGGUGAUGUUAUACAACAAAGUCAAUUAUCAUGAUAAAGGAAAUGAGAAGUGGAUCAUAAUCGAAACUAAUUUUCAUUAGCAAGAAAAGUUACAUCUGCAUGUAAACAACAUGGAUGCCUUAUUGAAUGGAAUUUUGUCCUCCAACCAUCCAGAUCAACUGAAGAAGCAGUUACUGCAUAAAAUUGCAGAUAAAGGGGCACAACCACAGGCAAUAAAAACAAUAAAAUCUGUAUUUGAACUCACUGUAAACUGGUACCUGGAAAUUGAUAAUGAGCUAGCAUCAAAUGAAAGCUUGACUAUUUUAAAAUCUUGGGCUAAACACAAUUUGUCAACUUUUGAACAAUUUUUUGACAGAGAUUAUUUAGUUGGUUUACUUUUGAAAAAAUGUCGCAGAGAAUGCAACAUACCGAUUCUUGUCAAGGAAUGUUUACAUCUUCUUCAGCGUUCGUCCAUAUUUUAUAGUCACCUAAAAGUUGUAGAAGCGAUGGCUAUUAAUUAUGUACAACAACACCCUUCAAUGGCUUCCAUCGUGAACUUCAUUAGUUUGUUAAGAACUUUUAAAGAAUGCAUACCGAAAGGUGAUUUCACGUCAAAAUUUUGUGUUGCAUUGAUAAAUGGGGUCGCAUUAGUAGGUCAUCCAGAUGGAAAGGUCUUAGAAUAUAUUCAGGGUUCUGAAUUAAUUUUCAAGUUCAUCAACGCGUUAUGGAACCAAGCAGAUUCUAAAUUCAUUUUGGAAUCAUUAAAAGCCGUGUUCACCUUAAUUUCUGACGAAAGCAUAGAAAUGACUUUCUGUCUUGGAGCGAUUGUUCAGCAUAUUCCAAAAGAGAUGAUCGAUAUCGUUGUUAGAUAUGCGGUGUUUGAAAGUAAUAUAGAUGAUGACAGUAUGACGAGGGCAUUAAAUAGGAUCAUAGGUUGGAUCCAAUGGCCAACAGCGAUAAACGUCAGUGUUUGGAUAAUUGGAUUUUUGCAGAGUCUUGCAGCAGAAAAGAGAUUCACUGUUUUGAUAUCUGUCACUGAGGCCAAAAUAGAACAGGUAUUCAAAGCAGUAGAAUUGUCACAAGUAAGGAAAGGUGCUUUAAAUGUAUUGACCCAUAUGUUACUGAGCUUCCAACACUCACCGGAGCCAUUCCAUAAGAUUUUACCCAAGAUUCCAAGAGUUAUGUCUAUUUUGACUUCAGAGACUUCUGCACAUAGUCAAGAUUGUGCUGUUAGGUUGGCUUACCUUAUUCAUUGCUGUAUGUACCAUCAUGCUGGUUACCCUGAUCUUUAUGACCCAGUUAUGGAAAUUAUUAAGGAUUUCCCACAACCAGAUCCAGAGGAAAUACAAAAGAAAUUGGCAGAGACAAGAUGGACCAAUCAGAAAGCUGGGAAUAAAAAUUAUGUUGUCAAGGUCACACAGAGGUCAGAGACAGGAAAAACAGGAUUACAUAACCUUGGCAACACGUGUUUUAUGAACAGCAUUGUACAAGCCUUAUUUAUGGCUGAUGGAUUCCGAAGAAGUAUAUUUUCACUGUCGUCCAUGGGAGAUAAAAACUUGUCUACAAAGUUACAACAACUGUUUGCCUUUCUCAGCCAUACACAGAGGCCAGCCUAUGCCCCAAUCAAUUUUCUGGCUGCUUCAAGACCUCCAUGGUUCACAGCAGGCCACCAACAGGACUGUUCAGAGUUCCUAAAAUACCUAUUGGAUCAAAUUCAUGAAGAAGAAAAAACUGCCGUAAAAAAGAAAAAAAUGAGUAUGAACGGCAAACAAAACCAGGCAACUACCGAAGAAGCAUCUGAAACUACAGAGGAAAAUUCUGUGAUUGAAGAUUGUUUUGGCGGGCAAGUUAAAACUACCUAUACUUGCCUUACUUGUAAGACUGAAUCAUCAAGAACAGAAUUGUUUACAGAUCUUCCUCUGGCCUUCCCUGAAUAUGGGACUUGUGAAAAAUCACUGGUGGGCGGUGACAAUAAACGUAAGAAAAGCGGUGACUCUGCUAAAGUCAAUGAUGAAGAUAAAAAACAAAGUGAUUCUGCAGCUUCUAAAAAGUUACAUUUGAACGAUUUAGUGCAAUUUUACUUCAAGCCUGAGAAAAUGACAGGGGACAAUAAAUACUUUUGUGAAAAGUGUGGCGAACUGCAGGAUGCCGAGAGAAGUAUUAAACUGAAACAAGUGCCCGACACUCUUAUCUUUACACUUCUUCGGUUUUCCUAUGAUGCCAAAAGGCAUACACGUACCAAAAUUUUCCGUGAUGUAAAAUACCCCAGAACUUUAGUGCUUCCAAGUGACUGUGAUAGUGCUGAAACAUCAGCAAAUCCCACUGACAGACGAAAAUCAGUCAGAACUAUGAUAACCAAUAAAAUUGAAGAAUGUGGUAUAAAUACAAAUACAUCCAAUUCCAAGGGUGAAAUUUAUAGUUUGUUUGGUGUCAUUAUUCAUUCUGGAGUGUCGUCUGAAAGCGGCCAUUAUUAUUGCUAUGCAAGACAUUCAUUGUUUACUAAUCCAGAAGCUUACUGUGAUAAAGUUCAAGAUUGCAACGAUGAAGAUGAAAUAGACUUCUUGCAAAAUAAGUGGUACCUCUUCAAUGAUAGCUCUGUAUCACAUGCUCAUUUUAAUUCCUUCAGUAAUGUUACACAGCGAUUCACAAAGGACACACCAUAUAUCUUGUUGUACAAGAGAAUAACCCCUAGUCAGGCUGAAGGCCAAGAUAUCGAUUUGAACAAGUCUCUUCAUACAUCAGAAGUGGACCCUCCAAUGAGAGCUGACCUUAGAGCUCUUGUUAAUAAGGACAAUACUUUUUUUCUACAGGAACAAGAAGCAGCUGCAAAAACAAAAUCAACUAAGAAACAGGAAGCAGCCAAUACUAGUUCCUGGUUCAACUGGAACAAUGAUGAUGACAAUGGUCCUCCAGGAAGCUGUGGGGGAGGAGAUGGAGGCAGUGGAUUUGGGGGCUUAAAUGGUGCAAACAGAUUUAUAUUCUAAAAAAAAAUGUUCCAUGAACAAUUAACUGUUUGGGAAUUUCCUGAUGGAAGAAAUCCAGAUAUUAUUGAUUUUCUUAUAACUCAUUUAAAAUUUUGGAAUUAUAAACAUGAUAAAGCAAAAGAAAAGCAAUAUUGCCUCUGAAGUAUGGAAUUUGGCAUCCUUGAUUUGACGAAACAAAUAUCUACUGUGUAGAUGAAGUGUAAAAUACAGUUAUGAUAACUGUGUGAAAGAAAUACUGUAUCUAGACAUUUUCUCACUGGUUUAUUUUGGCUUAAAACUUGAUCACAUAAAAUACACAAAAAUAUUCCCUUCAUAAAUAAUUCUAUAUUGUAAAUUCAGAACUUUUUGCAUGCAUUUAUUCAAAUGAUUUUUGGAAAAUUUACAAAAACAUGUGAGAUUAAUUAUUCUGAUUUCAAGAAAUGCAGAAUACAAGUCAAAUAAUGCUAUUAAACUUAAAACGUGAAUCUUUAUUUUGCAAAACCUUUCCCUUCACAGUGAUAAAAAAACAUUACAGAAUUUUCCUACUUUACAGUGACUGACUGUAAAGUUUAAGCAUUGAUAUCUCAAAAAAAAUAAUAAUUGAGAAUAUCUACCUUUACAGUACAUUGUUUUGUUGUUAGUAAUGACUUAUUUUUAUGUUAUGUAUUGUGUACUUUUUACAAACUUGUACAGAACUGAAAUUAAAAUGACUGUGAUACAAAAAUGAAUAUUUGUAUAUAUUAAGGUGAUACCAAUGCAAUUUGUAUAUAACAUAGUUUUUUAUUCACAUUAGCUACCUAUUGGCCAGGUGAGCUUUUCUCAUAACUUGGUGUCUGUUGCCCUUCAAUUUCUGUAAAAUAUCUUCUCCUCUGAAACAACUCGGCCAAAUUUAACCAACUUUGACCACAAUCAUUAAUAGGGUAUUUAGUUUGAAAAAAAAUUCUGAUGAUCCUGUCUGCCAACCAACAUGGCCACCAUGGGUACAAAUAUAACAUAAGGGGUAAAAUGCAAGUUUUGUCUAUUAUCUUGAAAACUGCUAUAGAUAGAGAAAAUCUGACAGGGGCAGAAAUGUUCUAAAUGUUGAGAUCUAACAAUUGUCUAUUUUAAUCAAAACUGUCAGAUGAUUUAUAUAGGAGUUAUUGCCCUUGAAUUUUUACCCAUUAUUGCAUUUUUAACUGGAUUUUCAAAGUAAAAAUGGGUUAUUGAUUUGGGGAUGUAGGGAGGGCGGCUGCCAAACAGUGUCCAUUCAUUUACAUUAAAACUCUUUGACAAAAGUUUUUUCAAAUUUAGAUAUGUUGUUUCCUGUGACUAAAUGAAGGUCAAGUUCAAUUUGCACAACUUUAUACUUACUCUUUAUUGAUUUCUGGACCCUUUUAGGAGCUUAUUAUUGAUGCUUAUUAUGUGAUUGAGUUAUUUCCCUUUGAACAGAAACUAAUAAGUUUAUGUAUAGAUAGUCUAUCAAUGAUUAUAUCUGUUCAAUUGAUUAGUCAGGAGUUUCUUUAUAACUAUUUUUUUUAAGUCAAGUGUGUUUUGAAGGUAGAUGUCACAGUUGUUAUGUGGUAUUUUAUUUUUGUUGUGUGUGUAAAUUUUAAUUUUUACUUGAUCCUGUUUGGGGUUCCAGAUUUGCAAAUUCAUUAGAUAAUAAUCUAUUUUUAUUAAAGGAUGUAUUUCAUUACAUAACAUUGUGUAGAUAAAGUUGUAGACAUCCAUAGAUAAUUUGCAGAUCUAUAAUAGUUUGUUACAAAUGAAAGAAAAAAUAUUGGUAACUAUUAACUAUAUAUAUAAAGUUUGAUUACACUAAGUGUUUUUAAAUGAUUUUCAACUUUUAUCAAGAUAACACACCAUCUGGUAAUUGUCAAUCACCCAAUUAUAAUUGGAGUGACAGAUUUAUUUGAAAACUAUUAAUUAAAUUGGAUUAUAGUUUGAAAAUGAAUAUAUAUAACAUCGUAUCUAAUUAUAUCAUAUCUAAUUUUAGAGAACUAUGGUUUAAUCAUAUCUUAUUUUAGUUUUACAUUAUUGGUUCAUGGAAAUAAAGUUUGAGUUAUUUCCCUUGAAAUAUUUGAACAGAAAUGGUUUACAUCAAAAAUUGAAUUCUUGGGGUUCUUUGAUAUGCUAAUUCUAGUAAUGUACUUAGAUUUUGGAUAUUGGACCAUAAUAGGUAAAUGUCCAAUUUCAAAAUUUUCAGUUCUUUGACCACAUUUAUUUUGUGUCACAAACCUAUGCUGUAUCAAAUAUUCAAUCACAAUCCAAAUUCAGAGCUUUAAUAAGCUUAAAUGUUGUGUCCAUACUUGCUAAACUGUUCAGGGUUCGACCUCUGCAGGAAAAUCCGGUUUGCUGUCUCUCUGACAGCCUCUUGUUGCCUUAUAUCUUAAAAACCAUAAUAGAUAGAGAGAAACUUUAUAUAGCAAAUAUAAUCACCAAUACAAGAUCAACAAAAAAGUGAUUUUUGUCAUGAAUUCUCUUUUAGUUCACAAUGCUGAAGAUGCACACUGACCUAGGUAAGUGACACAGGCUCUUUAGAUGGGGAGGUGAGCUAAAUUAUAUUUCCCUAGAAAUAUGUGAUUUAAAAAAUGUUGGAAAUAAACUCAUCAUAGAUACCAGGA